AUGACCCGUAGGUACAACGCCGUCGCAAUGCAGAUCUUGAAAGAGCCCGUCGCAAAAAAGACAAUCGAAGAACUAUGGGGAAAGAAGAUCUACCACUGGGCUUACCUGAAUGCUGAGGUGUACGAUCUGAAACUUGAGAACAUGACACGUCUGUUUGAAAUAUUGAAGGACAUCAAGUGGACGAUCGACCGAACGAUAAAACCCAGUCGCCCGCACUACAUCAUCUACACCGGAUCCCUCACUUCAGCUUACAGGACGUACACUGAGACAAACGCAAUACAGAACGUCAUGUGGCUAGACGGCAUGGGGGUGUACACACACUUCUUUGACGAUGACCGGCCAUGGGCCGAGGGACGGAUAAUGCCGCCUACCUUUUGGAUGAGACCCAACCUGACAGACAUGGCAGUCUACAGUUACUACAUGGCAACUGCGCACAAGAACCUUCGGAAGAUUGCCGACCAGGAGUUGAACCAUACUGCAUUCUACUUCACCGCAACCAUGGCGGCCAAGCAAUACACUCCGGAGAAAGAUUAUGCUUUCUUGUCCACAAUGGAGCCUAGAACGGAUAAACUUUACGUCGACAUCUCGCCUUAUUGCAAGAACGCCAAGUAUACCUAUGGCUUCCAGGAGAAAGAAGUUGUUGGCUCCUUCUACAUGAGCAAGGAGGAAAAGAAAUUCAUCAGUUUCGAUGACCCAAAGGCCUUGGCUAUGAAGUUCUGCAAAGGCAAAAAAGACCUGAUUGACGUCGACUACGGUUUAAUCGCGUACAACGUCGAAAUGGAUGACCCCACCAACAAGUGCGGCAAAGGUGCCUACUAUCGAGUCAAGUUCCUCAGAAGGCUCGCCGAGUUCUUCCGCGACAACUUCACUAUGCCCACCAGUUUGAACGAGUGCAUGAAGCUGACGUAAAUACGCUGCCACUACAUCAAACAGCA